UUGGGUGUUAUGACAUCGCAGCAAGCUGGUCUCGAGGUUCCUGGAGGGAGAUAAAUAUUAGCAGCUAUUGUAGAACUAUACAACGUUUACAGUUUUGAAGAUAUCGUAGAAUGCUGAAAAGUUUAACAGACAAGUUAUUUUUUGUGGGCAACAGUCUACGAUUUAUGGAAGUUGGUUUACAUCAUUUUCUUUACUUUAUCCUUUCGAAAUGAAGGUUCACUUUCUGAUGUCCUUGAGAUUGGCAUACAGAGAACAUAUACACGAAGUGGAAACACAUAAAGAAUGUCUGGCGCGUGAAUGAAAUUAUUAAAUCAUAAUCUGUCUUCCAGAAAGCCAUCAUCACCAGCAUAUUGGAUCAGACAGACAAUGCAGCGGGAGCAUUUGUUCAAAGUUCUUGUUAUAGGGGACCUUGGGGUCGGAAAAACGUCAAUCAUCAAGCGGUAUGUCCAUCAGAUAUUUUCUCAACAUUAUCGCGCAACUAUUGGGGUCGAUUUUGCGCUCAAAGUAAUGCACUGGGACAGUGACAACGUUAUACGAUUACAGCUAUGGGAUAUUGCCGGACAGGAACGCUAUGGGAAUAUGACCCGUGUGUAUUACCGGGAAGCUGUGGGAGCCUUGGUGGUGUUUGACGUGACCCGUGCCUCCACGUUUGAUGCAGUGCUCAAAUGGAAGGAUGACCUGGACACUAAAGUUAACCUCAUUCAUGGCAAACCUGUCCCAGCUGUGCUGCUGGCCAACAAGUCUGACCAAAUGUUCUCCCAACAGUCCAAACUGGAUGCAUUUUGUUUGGAAAAUGGAUUUGUGGGAUGGUUUGAGACCUCGGCCAAGGAGAACACUAACAUCGAAGCAGCAGUGAGAUGCCUGGUUGAACACAUCAUGGCCAAUGAAGAGAGUACUGCCUUGGAUUCAGACCCAGAUGUGCACAUUCUGCCUGGGUUCAACCACAGUCUUAAAGAGAGAGUUCGCUGUGGGUCAUGUGGCAAAUUCUGAUCUAUUAAAGACAAAUAAGAUAAAGGAAUAUCACACCUUUAAUGCUCUGUAUGUGUUUCUAUGUAGCUCAUCUAACUAUUCCAUUAAAUACAUUUUUAAUUAAAGUUAAAAACGCCAUGGAAAACAUAUUAUGACAGAGAUAUAUUGUAUUGCUCUAUGUAAAUGUUUGAAAUUGUAAAAUGUGAGUAUAUAACGAGUGGGGAAAAUAUUAUUUUCACAGGAAACAAAUUAUUGUAACUUAUUAGAGUGAACAAUCUCACUGUGAGUGCAGGGCUCUACCUCAUUUCAUUCCUCAGACAACUAAGUGACAAAGAAGAGCAUUUCAUGGUUAGGAGAUGAUCACAUUAUCUACACGGUCAUGUAGCCAAGGAUAUGUGUCAGCGUGGUGUAGAGAUGUUGUGAUGACAACUAAAAAAAUUAAACAAGUGUUUCAAAUCGGUUAAUGACUGUCCCAGUAGGACACCUUUUAUCCAACUCAAGAUAAAACCAUUCUAGGGUUGUACAUGAAACCCAAAAGAGUUCUAUUUGGAAAGCAGAAGUGUCGUAUGUGGAUCCCAAAAGUGUUAUUCAAAGGAUUCCCCCACAAGAAAGGCCAAAUAACUGUUUUGAGACCUAUUUUUUUAGAGUUUAUAAGAGUUCAUGUCAUUAUUCUAUUUCUCUGCAAGAACCUGCUUUCCCUGGCGUUGUUUGUCAUAUUGUACACCCAGUAUCAGGCCUAUUUAAUGAAAUAAAAGCUACUUGAUGUGGGGAUCAGCA